AUGGCUACACAACACCAAUCUGGGGCACCUCUCGAGGACCAUCUGCGCAACCUGAUACUGAACAAUACAGAGGCUGUCUCCUCAUCAAAUCAGGUCCAUCCGGGCUCGCUGAAUACCAUGCAAGAGUCUGAUGGCCAAACUACCCCGUCGGCGCCAAAUAAGGGCAGAAAGCGCCCCAAUCAAGCACAGCGUCGCCAGAUGAGCUCUCGCAUGACCAUAGAUAUCGACCCCAGAGCAACAACGUCCCAGUCUGCGAAACCUUACCCCAAUCAACCAGGGUUUCAGAGAGGGCGCGAUUCGAGCUUCCAUCAAAGCCGUCCCAGUCAAAAUCAGGCUGGCUUUCACAAUGCUCAAGGCCAUGUGCCUUCUGGGUCCCGUGCAGCUUUCCAGUCCAAUCAUCAUCCACAGCAGAAUCGCAGUUUUAAUGCUGCUGCUACGUCCUCCACGUCACCAGCUCAUGUUCAACAGAACUGGAGAUCGCAACCUCAGCAACAGGACGGAUCUCACAGCCGGGGAGUAAACGUUAUGCAGGCAGACAGCUUUGGUGGAAGACCUCCACGAAACGCGCACGGAACGCUUUACAAUCCGGAUGGACAUCGACAGUAUCAAGUCAGACCUGAGGAGCUAGCUGCACAGUCUGGACUUCUAGAGCAUCUUUGCAUGGCAGUACUUCACGGUGCUGAAAUUGACCACGACGAAAUACUCGAAAAGGACAGAUUUCGGGGCCAUGUCGAGCUCAUUUGUCGCGCCGUCGUGUCCGAUUUUGAGGUCAACAUCAACCAGAUGCCAGAUUUCCAACCGUACAGCGUACGACUGGCGUGUUUUGGAAGCUUGGCUUCUGGAUUUGCCACCAAAGCUGCCGAUAUGGAUCUGGGCCUUGUAUCUCCGAAUUCCAAGAUCCCCCCGGAUUCUCCCGAUUCCCCUAUACCAAGGCUUAUAGAAAGAGCCUUGCUUGAUGCUGGUUUUGGUGCACGGCUUCUAACCCGGACCAGAGUUCCAAUCAUCAAAUUGUGCGAAAAGCCUGGCCAGCAACUUCACUCUGCUCUUCUUGAAGAGCGCAGAAAAUGGGAACAGGGCUUGACGGAUGAUGAUGCCAAUGCUGCCGAAGAAAACACGGUCGAUGCUCCAUCUGACGAACAGACAUUCAAGCAGCAGUCAGAAACCAUACCACAAGACACAGCCAUCCCCGCUACAGGAGUACAAGCUGAGAACGAUGCCGUGCCGAAAAAGGACAAAGAUGCUUCACGUCAACACUUGUUAUCUUCGCUGAAGCAGUCUCACAAUCAGACUUUACUCGCGUAUCACAACCAGGCCAAGAAGAUUCUGCGACAACUUGGUGGCCAUGACAUAACACAUUCAAAUAUCAGCGUCUUUACUGCCAAAGAAUUUCAUCUUUUGGACCAGGUUAGCAGUUCCUUUGUCGAGGGCUUGAAUGAUACUGCUCUGCGGAACCGUUUGAUGCUACAUCCAUCUUUUGCCAGCAAAGGCGACUUGUCAAACUGGAGGACAUUACACGGAGUCUGUAAUAUGGCCGAAGGCGAGAAACUGGUCAUGCUUUGGGAGAACAGAGUCAUACACGAGAGUGACCCACGCUCUGAACAAUCACAUGCAAGAACAGUGCAUUGGUGGUCCGAGUUUCAUAGAACACGGUACUUUGGCCUGGACCCGCUUACCUUUAACAAGGAGAUGUUCCUGGUUCUGGAGAAGUUGCGAAAGAUCCCGUCUGUCCAGUUGAUGCAAUUGCAACAGGAACCCUAUGAGUCGGCUGCAGAUUAUUUUGGCCGUGCUAGCAAGGUCAUGGCCCAGCUGAGAAUUGCUCCUCAUUCGUCUUCAGAAUUGACUUCACCAAUUAUUGGAUACUACGUUUCUGGAAUCGAUGAUCAGGAGAUAAGGGAGAAAUGCGAAGUCUUUGUCCGUAACACAGGCACGAAGGACCUGAAAGAUGUGGCUCGGAGACAUGGAAGCCUACAUCUCGCCAAUGAUUACGCAAGGGCAGUUGAGAAGGGCGGUCUUUACAGUGAGGAUGAUGUCCCCUUGAUCAAGGAGUACAUUCAAUUUCUUCGCAGCGAUCUGGUUCAGACCCCUGCAGUUGAUGGUCAUGAAUACCGCCUCCCAGUCGACGACUCGCUGAGGCAAGUCUACCGCAGAAUAUUGGAAUUGCCGAGCCCUGGUCAGCUUGCACCGAAUCAGCCUAAGGAUCGCUACCAUGACCGACUCGAGUUUCCGCAGUCAGGAAUUGGUGUUCAGUGUGACAUCAACUUUUCCGCCGACCUUGCCCUCCAGAACAGUCACUUGCUUCGAUGCUAUGCAGCUACUGACCCGCGUGUCAGGCCCAUGGUGCUCUUCGUCAAGCAUUGGGCCAAAGCCAGAGACAUCAACACCCCAUACCGAGGCACUCUCAGCAGUUAUGGCUAUGUAUUAAUGGUGAUACAUUAUCUGGUCAACGUCAUUCAGCCGUUUGUGUGUCCCAAUUUGCAAAUCCUCGCUCCGGAGGACCCUCAACUACCACCUGGGGAACUUGAAGGUAUUACGACCUGCAAAGGACGCAAUGUACGUUUCUGGCGCAACGAGAAUGAGAUCCAGCGCCUUUCGCAAGAAGGCGUUCUCAAUGCCAAUAGAGAUUCUAUCGGUUACUUAAUGAGGGGAUUCUUUGAAUAUUAUGCGCAAAACAAUAUGAUGAGUACGAUACAAAAGCGAGGCUUCGAUUGGGGCCGAGAUGUCAUUAGUCUCAGAACGCCUGGAGGCCUUCUCAGCAAACAAGAGAAAAACUGGGUACAGGCAAAGACUGUGAUGCAAACACAAAUGGGUGCUCCACCCACCCCGACUGCGCCAGACACGGGAGUCCCUUUGAAGCCGGCUGAUGCAUCUAUGGCGCGAUCGGCUGCAGAAGGCGGUCAGAAUGACGAACAAAAGAGUUUACCAGAUGGCCAGGUCAGAUCCGAUAUUGCAGCCAAACCCCAAGAGGUGAAGGAGGUUCGGCACCGUUACCUGUUCGCCAUCGAGGACCCAUUUGAGCAUGAUCACAAUGUAGCCCGCACAGUAACUCACCACGGGAUUGUCUCUAUCAGAGAUGAGUUUCGCCGAGCCUGGCGAAUCAUCAGGGCUUCGGGAAAGACGGCGGUGCAGGAGGACCUGCUCGAAAACGUCAAGAUGCAUGCGCAAAACGUCGAGAAGAAGCAGUUUACUGAUCUCUUGUCCGAGAUUCAUGGAGGAACGACCACUCCCUAG